CACACUGUAAAGUGACCCCCAUAAUGGGCAGAGCCGACAGGGGUCUGAGCGAGUGCGGGGAGGGUAAUAAUAAUUAGCCUGCUGCUGAAACAGCCGAAAUAAAGUUAUAACUGGAGGAUAGUUUGAGUAAUAAACAGCGCCGCGGUCGCCUGAAGGGUUUAGUAGGGGCGCUUAUGGGUUUAAUUUGGGUUUAUUAGCUAAUAUAGCUGUUAGCUAACUAUCCCGGCUAGCUAAUUUGAUGAGGGCUCGGUGGGAAAGCCCAGCUAAGCUAAGCUAAGCUAGCUUCAGCCGCCGGUUCACUAAAUCUCCCCCGUUCUUAUGAAAGUUAAUCGCUAACUAUCUGAAUUAUGUCCACCUCGUCUUUAGACAGAGAGCUGCAGGAGCGGCUGAGAGAGGCGAGCGCUAUCGGAGACAUUGAUGAAGUGCGGAAUCUGGUGGAGAGCGGCGUCAACAUCAACUCUCAGAACGAAAUCAACGGCUGGACGUGCCUACAUUGGGCAUGCAAGCGAAACCACAAGCACAUAGUGGCUUAUCUUCUGAACUCUGGAGCCGACAAAGAAAUACUCACUGCGAAAGAUGAGUUAGCUGUUCAAUUAACCUCCAAACCUGAAAUCAGAAGACUUCUUGGAGUGGAGGAGGAGGAUGUGCCUGAGGUAAAAGAGCCAGAGCUGCCAAUCAUUCCGAACUAUCUCUCCAACCCGCCCUUCCUGUACAGCAAGAUGGAUAAGGAGGAACUAAACUUACCACCACAUGUUUCUCAGAAUGGCACCGCUGACCAUUCGGAGGUUGUAGACUCUGAGCCAGCCACUCUCUCUCCCACACAAGAGCAGCAGCAGCAGCCGCCCCAGAGCCAGCCGGCGGUGUCCUACAUCUCUGUGGUGGAGCAGAACGGCAUUGUGUCAAGCCCGGUGGUGAAUGGACCCCUCUCCAUGGAAGUGUCACCUGAGGCGCACCACAGCAACCACAGUGAAUACACCCACAAUCACACAAUUUCCCAGAAUGGCCCCGUGUGCCCCCCGCUACCCUCGCCAGGUGCGGCCCCUAGUCAGGCGCCCGUCUCUAACCCCACGGUGACACGACAGCAGUCUCUGCCCCAGCAGCUGAACUGCUCGCAGUCUGGAGGCUCCAUGCCUGCUUUCCAGCCCUUCUUCUUCACCGGCACCUUUCCAGUCAACGUGCAGGAGCUGGUCCUGAAGGUGCGUAUCCAGAAUCCUCAUGCCAGAGAAAACGACUUUAUCGAAGUGGAGCUAGACCGACAGGAAUUGACAUACCGGGCACUGCUGCGUGUCUGCUGUCGUGAGCUGGACAUUAGUGCUGAACAUGUGGAGAAGAUUCGCAAGCUUCCCAACACCAUGCUUAGAAAGGACAAAGACGUGGCUCGGCUACAGGAUUUCCAGGAGCUGGAGGUCGUGUUGGAGAAGGCGGAGGGGUUGUCCCUGUACUCUGGUGGCCCAGGUGGACUGACGGAUAGGCCCUGCUACAACAUGAAAGCCUCCAGGCUGACUUACUAGCUCCCAAACCCAGCUGCAAACCCAGAAACAGACUGGCUCUCUCCCUAUCCGGGAUUCUAGCCCUAAAAGCCCAACUUUAUAGCUGUGUUUAGUUCUAAAGUCCUGCAGUCAGAUAUAUCCUUCUUCUGUUUUCUGUUUCCUCCCUUACACCACAUUAUCCAUAUGCCAUACCCCCUCCAAACCACAUCACAAAAAAAUGCCUGUGGACGUUGCUCAUGCAUGGUCCUGUGGUGCCAUUCAUAUAACUCUGUGAGGAGAGGAGCUCCUGUGUAACAUAGUUAGUUUGUUAUCUGUAACAGUUAACAGUUAUACUGGUUUGAGCAGGAAUCUUUCACGGAUCAUGUGGCCAUCAUGCUUCAGCCGCCAUUAUUUUUAUUUAUUUAUUUAUUUUUUUUUUAAAUACUUCUUCUAAUAUAAUUUUUCUUGAGUGCAAACCCAUAUGCUCAUAAAUCCUCCUCUUGGGCUUUGAUUGUUUGCUGAAUUGCUGUGUGGGCUUAUCAGGCCACUGUGUGGUUUUAGUACAGCUCACUUAAAACAGGCAGACCUGAACUGUACCAGCACUUCUUGUUAGGGAUUUUAUUCUGUUUACUCCUAACUGUGCUGUGGUUCUCUGUUCUCUUUCUGGACGCACCCUGUCUUGCAUGAUGUAGAUCUCUGAAGUUCUGUAGUUUUUAAUAUGCCUACAUUUGGUACUCUGGGUUUAAUGUUUAAUGAUUUUCAGUAGCAGGAAUGAAUGGGGUUUUAAAAACAUCACCCCUUUUCUAGUUAAUAUGUUCUGUUCUGUGUUUAUUUUUCUUCUAAAUAUCACUGGAUCCGCUCCUCAUCACUAUAACCAGUACGUGUAGACGAGUGGUAUUAGCAUAUUUCAUUCAAGAAUCAUAUGUUUAUUUAAUGUGCUACUUUAUUGGUCAACCACUGUAUUCAUUGGCUGUCCAGUUCAUGAGUUAAACUCCUCAUCCAGCUUACUUACCUGUAUAAGGACCAGCUUAGAUUAAAGCAGGCAGUUUCCCCAAAAGAAACUGAUGUUGGUUUGGAUAAUCGUCAUCAAGGAAGGAUAGUGAAUCAAAACGUGACACAAGAGCCAGAGCCAGUUUAUUACUACCACUAUAGCCUGCUAGCAUGCUAACUACUUCUUAGAAACAUUAGCUUGCAUGUAGCAAUAUUAGCAUUACGAUUCUUGAAUGACGCUGUAGUUCAGAGGAUGCAGUGAUGUUCAGGAGACAAAUGAACACAGAACAGAAAAUAAAUGGUUCUGAACAUAUUUAAUUACUAUAUACUAUAAAACAUAAUAAAGGUGAUUAAAAGUCAAGGUUAGCUAUAGAGUGUCAAAUAUUGGCAUACCACAACAUGGCACGCACUAGAAAAUGAUGACAUAAUUUCAAGAGUCUAUUUAGUGCUUUAGUUUCUUAUUCGAAAAUACCUGAUUCAAAUAAACUGUUAAAUUAUAGUAGCAGAGCGUAUGAUAAAGCAGAAAAAAACUCUUAAGGGUGUUUUCUCACCAGCACUAUUUGGUCUGGUUAAAUCAAAAUCUGGUUCGUUUGCAUCCUUGAUGCGGUUUGUUUAAGCAGGUGUAAAACAGUAACUUGUACUCGCACAAUCUGGUUCCCAACUGACUUUGGAGCAGUUUCUUUGUGGUGAGAACGCAAUCCAGUCUUGAUCUGACCCAACUAUUAAAUAUACGUCUUUUAUUUGAGCUAAACUGCUAUUCAGAUGCAGUUUAACCUGAUUUAUUACCUUAUGCUAAGGUGUUUUCUUUCUGAAAGUCGUUUUGCAACGUUUACUUCUCCUGGCUGUCCGACUCCGUUUACUACGCGGAUAGCUACGUCGCAAAUCCCUUCAAAACCACUGUGUUUGAAACAGGUUUACACUGCACAACUAUUCAUAUGUAUGCUGUUCUGGAACUUUCUUGCUGUAUUUUGUAUCCUGCCCCUGUGCCAGACAUCUCUGACCAAUCAGAAAUCACAUUGUGCUUGCGUGCGUGGUUUGUUGCGGUGCAUAUUGGUGCGAUUACGGUUGUGCCUGUGUGAAAACAAACCAAACAUAGGAGGAAAACGCUCCAAGUAAACAAACUCAAACUGAUUCAGACCAGAGAAACUACAGUUGUAAAAACGCCCUAAAAUGUACAAGACCGGUACCUCCAGGACGAGAACUGAGAAGCACUGCACUAGAGGCUAAAUUACCUUAGUGUUUGCAUUGGCAAAACGCAUUGCAGGUUUUUUUUUUUUGCCUAAAUGGGAAAGUGCAUAGAUGCAUGUUUCCAUUAUAUUAGUACAAGAGUUCAAGAGACAGAAAGAAGGAAGUUUUAAUGUAAUGGGUAUGUGCCUAAGAGUUCUAUGUGCACUUGGAAAAACAAAAACAAGCCAAAAAAUAACCUAGUGGAAAAAACUUGGACAAAACUGUUGGUUGUCCUCAUCAUCUUGUAUGAAGGCAAAAUGCCCCAGGUUUCAUUAGUACUGAAAAAUGUAGCAUAAGACAUUUUUUGUCAUUUUUGUUUGUUUGUUUUGUUUAAAAAUUGAAAUACAAGCUCUAGAACGAGAUUAAGUAAUAUGAGCUUCCAUGAACACUAUCUCUCCAAAAUGUAGGACUUGUGUAAGUUUAAUUUAGUAUAAAAAUGAUGAUAACAAGAUGGGCAAUGAUUACUAUGUUCAGUGCAGUUACCUGGAUACACUUCCCAGUAAUCACAAGUCAUAUUAUUCAUAUUUUGGUUGGACCUUAUUUGCAGAAGUGCCAAUUGAGACAAUUGAGACCAUUUUUUGACGGUUAUUAUUGUGCUUUUAGUUCUACGCAAAUUUUGCAGCAAUUCCUCAUCAUUGUGUUUCGUUUCACAAAUGCACCUUUUGCUUCUGUGUACAAAAUGAUUGUGCAGAUUAUGAACAUAUUGAGUUUUAUUUCAAGUUUUGUUGUGUUGCACACAAAUUGCAUUGGGAAAAAACGACAAAUUUAACUUAAUUCAAAUCUAAUUUUCGUUAGAAAUGGUAGAUAAAUGUUAAAUUGUUAUCUUGUAGCUCGAAAUUUCUAGUCAGUUUUAUUGAAUUAAUGCACUGCAAUAUUAAACUCUUCCAAGUAUAAAUUCGGAUUUAUAACUGUAUAGAGCUAAACUGCAUAAAGAUUAAGAGCACAGAUUUUAUUGAUUUGUUUAGUUUGUAUGUUUUACAUUGUUAAGACUGUUCUUUUAAAUACACUAAAGUCGAAACCUUAAAUAUUCUAAUAUAAAAACUUGAUCAACAGUGCCGAAACUGUUAUCCUCCUCCCCUCCCUUCUCACACACACAUUGUAUUGCUGUAAACAAUAGAUAGUUUUAUACAAUCUACAUAACAAAACUGCUUAUAGUCUAUAUAUUAAUUUUUUUAACCUUAUUUUGUAAAUUAGAGUUUUUUUCUUAGCUGGACGUGAGCCGGUACUACAGCCAAGCAAUUUUUUCAUCUGUCCGUCCGUCUGCUGGUUUUAAAACAGGAUGACAGGGCUGAAUGAAGGUGCAUGGUGAAAUUGGUGAAUUGUUAAUAAGGAUUGGCUGCUUUUCCACUGUUGAUUUUUCACAUGGAGCUUGGUUAAACGACUUGGACAAUGAAAACGUGUAUGGGAAAUGGACUGUUAUAAAGUAGACAUUCUUUAUGGGGAAAACUCUUUAACAGUUGUACUAACUGGUCUUGUCUUGGACGAUGAAUACAGUUUGACUUAUCCUAUGCA